AUGAAUUUCGUACACAGCUUGAUACUCCUCUGCACUACAGUCUACGAGAGUUUAUCUAAAAAUGUCCUUCCCCAAGCCCAAAAUGAAUACACCAUGAGACAUAGUGGGGUAGAAAGCAUCUAUCCCAGUAAUUUUUAUAAAAAAUAUAAAAAUAAAAAGAGACACAUCAAAAAUCACCUGCACAAUUUCAUAAACAGAAAAAUUUACUUAAAUUGGGAAAAGAAAAAUGGCAAUAAUAAAGUGCUUCUUAACAAAAUGAGCUUUAUACAUAAAAGAAAUAAAAUAACUACCCAUUUGGGACCUAUAAGACUAGGUGAUGCUAAACAAAACAGUGAUUUUUUUUUAGAUCCAAAUGGCAGAAAACAGAAUGAAAGAAAGGAAGAUAAAAAUAUACUUUCAAGUUUAUACUCCAAAAUGGUGGAAAAGAGUAAAUACAAAAAUAGUAUACUAAAUGAUGUGAGUAAAUUGUAUAAGGUAAUCAGAGAAAGCAAAAAUAUAUUUGCCGUAGGUCUUGUAUUAACAAUAAUUUCGUCAGUUGUUGAUUCAUAUAUUCCAAUUUUUUUGUCCAAAACGAUAUCCUAUGUAAUGAAUAGAAGCACAACAAUUGUUGAAAAAAGAAAUAUACCAAUUAUGAAUUCGUUCUUAAAUUAUUUUAAAUUUAAUAACCCUUUCUAUGUGUAUGCUUUUACAUCCCUUCUGAGUUUAUUAUUUUCCUCCCUACGAUCAUACAUGUUUAAUAUAUGUGCUUAUGUAAGCACGAAUAAGUUGCAAGUUUAUCUAUUUAGUGUAUUAUUACAUAAGCAUAUUAGCUAUUUUAAGAAAAAGGGGAAAGGGGAAUUGAUAAGUAGAUUGAAUAUCGAUUCUUCUGAAUUGAUUGAUAUAUUUACUACUAAUAUAAUUGUUCUCUUACGAAAUGUGAUAAAAACAUUAUUAUCCUUUUAUUUUCUGUACAAAAUUAAUGUACAUCUAUUUUUGGUCUCCCUUUUUAUUGUCCUAGUCAUUUCUAACAUAUCCAUAUUUUUUUCAAGUAUCUUUCGUAAAGUGGCAAAAGAAGAAAGUAAUGUUAUUGCUCACUCAAACAAUAUCAUAGAAGAGUCUAUAGACAAUUUCUCACUUAUAAGUACAUUCAAUACGCACAAUAAAGAACUUGCCAAGUUUAACAGUUCCUUAGAUGGAAUUUACAUGUGCAGAAUGAAAUUAGGAUUAUUAUACAUCAUAGAAAAACUUCUUAUUCGUUUAAUAGAUAUGAUAACCCUUGUCUUAACCCUAAUUUUGAGUAAACAGACAUUAAAAAAUAAUAUUCAUACUGAUUCAAGAAUUGUUAUCUCCUCAGUUAUGUACAUACAAAACAUUAUCUCUCAAUCAUGUACUAUUGAACAACAGUAUUCACGCGUUCAAGAACUAAUAGGAAAUGCAGAAGAUAUAAUAAAAUUAAUUGAAAAAGAUACACUUUGUAAUAACUACAACAGAUUAAUGUCCCAUAAAUAUCCUUCCAUAAAUCUUCUCAAUUUUGUAGAUUUAAAAAAUGCUAUAUGUAAAUAUUCUCUUAUCAAAAAAUUUCAAUCAAUUCAAAAAAACGCUGAUUAUGUCUCCAGCAUAAUUAAACCAAAUUAUUUAAAAUUAUUCGAAAGGAACUAUAAUAACUUACACAAAUUUUUUGGGGACGAUAAAAAUAUAUUAAAGGUAGAUCAAGCGGGGUUCCCCUACUAUGGUGAAGCUAAAACAGUCGAACAUUUCUCAUAUGGAAGUGAUUCCCAGAAAGAAAAUAAAUAUAAUGUAAUACAAAAUAAGGAUAAUAAAUAUGUCAUGGGUGGAACAAACCAGCAUAUUGUGCCAAACGAUAAGAAGACGAAGAAAGAUGCUAUUGCAAAAUUGAAUGAAGAAAUUCAACUUGUUGUUCCAUCGAUUACAACAGCGGAUAACAACUUCAACAAAUGUGAAAAAGGUUUAAAUAAAUUAAAAAAGAAUAAACUGGAAAUGAAUAUUCAAGAAAUAUACUAUUACAUUAAAAAUGAUGAUGAACUUAUAAUAAAGCACAAAUUAGACAAAAAAUUCGUACACUUCUUAAGAACCAAAUAUAAAAAAUAUAUUAUAAUGCUCAUAUUAAAAUUGUAUGAAGAGAGGCAUAAUUUUGUAAGUGACGAUUUCCUCUUUAUGCUUGAUAACAUUAGUUCAUUCAAAAAAUUAUCAAUUCAAGACAAAAAAAGUAUUCUAAGAAUGAGUAACAUAACCAAUAAUACACUAUACGUCAUAUUGCUAACUUUCUUGUUUUACAAUUAUUCCAAAUUCUACUACAAGAGAGAAAAAAAGACACCAGUUAAUCUUCUAGAAAAAAAAUCGAAAACGGGUAUGGAUACUUCAUCCAUAGAUUUUACCUACAACACUACAGGGAGUGAAAAUGAUAUAGACCACGCAACACUCGAUGGAAUCAACAUGAAUGAAGUUUUAAGUUGCGUUACCAUAACAGACAUGUACUCUGUGGAUACACAAGGAAGAAGUAGUAACGAAAGCAGCACUAUAAAUGAGGACAACACAGUGGUGAAUGAAAACAACAGAAAAGCCAUAGACGAUUCGCAAAAUUUUGCAGAAAUCGAUUUCUCUAAAAGAAUUGAAAAUAACGGGGAAAAAGUUACCAAUUUGUGGAAACCCGAACACAGGGACAUAAAUGAGGAAGAAAUUUUAAAAAAUAAAAAACUUCCAAAAAAAAAAAAAAAAAAUCUUACUCAUAUAUUGCCAUAUAUUGUACAAAAUGCCAUAAAAGAGUUAGAAAUUUUAAAAUACAUUGAUGAAAAUUAUAAACAUAUAAAUGAAAAUUUAAUAUUAGAUAAUGUAAAAGAUGACAAAAAAGGGAGUAGGCUAAUUUUCGAAAAUGUGGAUUUCUACUAUGCAAAAUAUCCAAAAAAUAAAAUUUUAUCAAACAUUAAUUUAAACUUUUCGAAUAAAUACACAUACGGAAUUUUAUGCUACAAUGAUUCAGGAAAAGAUGAUAUUUCUAAAUUGUGUGCAAGGUUAUAUAACAAAACAUAUGGAAACAUAUUACUUGAUAAUGAAAAUAUAGAAAAUGUCUCAAAGUAUAUAUUAACAAGGAAAAUUUCCCUAGUGGAAGAAGACACAUACCUCUUCAGCAACAGCAUAAUAUACAAUAUAUUAUACUCCUACAAUUGCAAAACAAAAGCGAAUAAAUAUUUUUCCUAUUUCAAUUACAAUUUCGGGUUUAAUAGAAACAGCAUAAAUAUUUGCGUGCAUCUAUUCCCCUCCGAUAAUGAUCUUUUGGAGGAAAAUGGAGAACGAGUCGAACCUAUCAAACGAGACGAAGAAAAAUCGAAAGGAGCAAAUUCUCAAACUGAAAAUGAGCUUAUGUACACAAGCGAUGAAGCAAAUCAAACGAACUACACUGCUAAUCACUUUAAAAAAUGCCUAAUGUGUGGAAAUUACGUAAACACAAAACAAAUUGAUGAACAAAAAAAAAAAAAAAGAAGUUAUAACAGAUAUAAAGCACAUUUCAUAAAAAAACUAUAUAAAGAAAUAAUUAAGGUAUCAAAAAUUGUUUGUAUUGACGAUUUAAUCAGUUCUUACAAGGAUAAAUUCUUUCACAAUAUUAGUGAGAAAACUUUAUCAGGUGGACAAAAGCAAAAAAUUUCUCUAGCUAGAGCUAUUAUAAAGAAACCCAAAAUUCUAAUUCUGAAUGAGGCAUUUAAUGCUUUAGACUCUGCAAAUGAGUUAAAAAUUUUUUCAAGCAUAAAAAGCUACUUACCUUAUUGUACCAUCAUAAACCUAUCUCACAAAAUUACAACAAUUGAUCGAUGUGAUUACAUAUAUGUUUUAAAAGAUGGCAAAAUUAUAGAACAUGGUUUAAGGACCAAAUUAAAAAAAAAUCCAAACAGUGAGUAUUCCAAAAAGAUGAGCGAAUUUUAG